UCUGUCAUGUCACAAGAAAAAUAAAAGCGAUAAAAAAUUACCAUUUGUAUUGGGUUGGAUUUGUAUAUGUUUUAUUAAAGUAUACAUGUACCUACUGCUUAUCAUUUGAAACAUUUUAGUGAAUAGAUACUUAAGCAUUUACAAGUAUGAGUCCAGUGGAGAGUGCACCCGUUGCUGUCUUAAAUUGUAUUGAUGAUUAUGUUGAAUUGUUGUAUGAUGAUAUACCAGAGAAAAUCAAAGGAUCUGCUCUUAUUCUACAGCUAGCUAGAAAUCCUGAUAAUUUAAUAGAGUUAGCAAGAAAUGAGGCUUUAUUGAGUGCCCUCUCAAGAGUGUUGAGGGAAGAGUGGAAAAGAAGUAUUGAACUAAGUACCAACAUUGUUUAUACAUUUUUCUGUUUCUCUACAUAUAUUGAAUUUCAUUCAGUUAUAAUACAAUACAAAAUUGGGUCACUGUGUAUGGAUGUAAUAGAUUAUGAACUAAAGAGAUAUGAUCAAUGGAAAGAAAGAGUUGAAGGGAAGAAGCAAGUGCUGACACCGGAUAAGAAUGAAUUGCCAAAAAGCAGAAUACCUGAACCUAAGCGACGCCCAAAAUCUGGUACCUGGGCUGUGGCCGAUGUUAAUUUACAAAAAACUCGCCAAUUAGUGUCCAGUUAUCAUGAAGACUUGUGCAAUGCUUCUGAUGAAUAUCUCUCAAAAAAUGAUGAAGAACAGAUGAAGCGGAAAUUAAAGACAUUGUCUAAACGACAGGAACAACUUUUAAGAGUUGCUUUUUACAUGCUGUUAAAUAUUGCAGAUAAUAUUAAAGUUGAAGAAAAAAUGCAUAAAAAAGAUAUUGUUGGAUUAUUAAUUGGUGCAAUGGAAAGACAUUCAAAUAUUGAUCUCCUUAUUCUCAUUGUUUCUUUUCUUCAAAAGCUAUCUAUUUUCGUUGAAAAUAAGAAUUCGAUGGCGUCCAAAUCAAUUAUUGAAAAAUUAGCUCCUCUACUGGAUUCCCCCAAUGCUGACUUGGUCAAUGUUACUUUGAAACUCCUCUUUAAUUUAACAUUUGACACGAAAUUACGCAACAAAAUGAUUAAAGUCAACCUUUUACCUAAGUUUAUACAAUUCACAAGUGAUGAUAAACACAUUAACUUGGCAAUGAAAAUCCUUUAUCAUCUGAGUAUGGAUGAUCGUGUGAAGCUCAUGUUCACACAGUCUGAUUGUGUUAAAUUGUUGACGGACAUGCUGCUGCUGAACGUGAACAGCGAGUGCGGGAGCGGGGGCGGGGGCGUUGGCGCGGGCGAGGCGGGGGCGGGGGCGGGGGCGGGCACGACGGACGUGCUGCUGGCCACGUGCGUCAACCUGGCGUGGUGCGAGCGCGCGGCGCAGCAGAUGGCGGCGGAGGGCCGGCUGCGCGAGCUGCUGGCGCGCGCUUUCCGCUACAGGAACUCCAUGCUCAUGAAACUCGUCCGCAACCUCUCACAUCACACACAAACCAAGCCUCUCUUUGUCGAAUUCGUAGGCGACAUAGCCGGGGCGGUGACGAGCGAGGAGGCGCCCGAGGAGUUUGUGAUUGAAUGUCUCGGCACUCUGAGCAAUAUUCUGUGUCUCAGCAACAAUAUCGACAUUUAUGCUGUUGUUGAAAGAUACAAUCUUAUACCGUGCAUAAUGAAGAUUCUGGAUCCAGAGAGGGAGCGGGACCCGGAGCUGGUGCUGGAGGGCGUGGUGGCGGCGGGCGCGCUGGCGGCGGACGAGCGCGCGGCGAGCGCGCUGGCGGCGGCGCGCGGCGGCCACGCGCUUGUGGAACUGCUGCGGCUGCGGCAGGCGGACGACGAGCACGUGCUGCAGACCGCCUUCGCCUUCCGCCAGAUGCUGUCGCACCUCGCCGCCGCCGACUACCUCGUCAACCAGACCGAAGCACCAGCCUACCUGAUUGACCUGAUGCAGGAUAAAAAUGUCGAAAUACGAAAAAUGUGCGACGCGUGCCUGGAUAUUAUUUCUCAAAUGGAAAAUGACUGGGCGGAAAGAAUUAAGGUGGAGCGGUUCCGCUGCCACAACGGGCAGUGGCUGUCGGUGGUGGAGACGCUGGGCGAGGGCGGGGAGGGGGGCGGCGCGGGGGACGGCGCGGGCGCGGGCGGCGGCGGGGGCGCGGGGGACGCAGACGACCUGCCGCCGUACCUCUCCGCGGAUUACCUCACCACGCACCGCCUCACCACUGCAGAUUCUCAAAACUCACUUGAUGAUGACUCUGACAGUUUAUCUGGCGACGGAGACUUCAAUCGUAUUAACAGCAGGAAUACUUCGGAUGCGCAUACCGAUGAAAUGUACGCAACGCUGGAUUCCUUAUCUGACAAGCCCCUAGACAGCAGCGCGCUCUCCAAUAGUGAUUUAAAAUUACUCCCUUAAAAAUAAGGGCUUUUUGCUUGUUAACUAUAAUAUUUUGGUAGCUACUUAAAUUAUAUAAGAUAAUAAUAAUACUCAUCGUAAAAUAUUGAAAUUAAUAGU